GCUCAAGGCGUGGGCGUGAGGCGGGUCGGAGCGGGUGGCGGCGGAGGGCGCUGCGUGGGGCGAGCAGGGUAGCGGCUGUGGCGGCGCGGCCCGCGUGACCCUCCGCCGCGCCCCGUGCGCUCGCGAGCCCGCGCCCCGUCGCGCUGGCCCAGCCGCAGGAUGCGCGCUCCGCCGCUGCUGCUGCUGCUGGCUACCUGCGCGCCACCGUCAGGCGCCGCUGUGGACCCGACGCCACCGGGCUGGGAGCCGGUCCCCGACGCGCCCUGGUGCCCCUACAAGGUGCUGUCCGAGGGCCCAGAGGUGGGCGGUGGGCGCCUGUGCUUCCGCAGCCCCGUUCGGGGCUUCCGCUGCCAGACGCCGGGCUGCGUAACGUUGGCCUCGGCGGGUGGCUCGCUGCGCGCCCACGUCCUGCGCAAUCGCAGCGUGCUGCUGCAGUGGCGCCUGGCUCCUGUCGAGGCGCGCCGCGUGCGCGUAUUCGCGCUAAACUGUUCGUGGCGUGGCACCUAUACGCGCUUCCCUUGUGAUCGCGUGCUUUUGGGUGCCUCUUGCCGCGACUACCUGCUGCCGGACGUGCACGACAGCGUGCGCUACCGCCUGUGCCUGCAGCCGCUGCCGCUGCGCACCGAGCUCGCCGCCGCCCCACCAGAGCUGGCCGAGUGCGUGGAGUUCACCGCUGAACCAGCAGCUAUGCAGGAGAUCGUUGUGGCCAUGACGGCGGUAGGCGGCUCCAUUUGUGUCAUGCUGGUGGUCAUCUGCCUGCUGGUGGCCUACAUCACCGAGAACCUCAUGCGCCCGACCUUCCGGCGACCCAGUCAGCGCAGGCAACCCUGAAGCGCAAGGCGACCCGCCCACCUGGGUUCCAUCUGCCAAGUGCGCUGAGACCCUAAGGCCCUCUCUCUGCUUUUCUCUCAUUUCUUCUCCCUCUUUAGGAUCCCCAUGGAGGGCCUAAAGGAAACUAGCUCAUGCAGGGACCUUGGCAUCAUUCCACGACCUUGCCAGCCCCAGAUGGGUAUCUGCCUUCCAGACUCAGGCCUCAGACUGGCCCAUAGGCCUGGGCUAGAGUGUCAGUGGCAGCCAGGGAUCUUUUUCCAUUUCCAGAGGCCUUUAUAGAGCCGGCCAGAAUAUACAUUCCCUUCUGGCAAUAACCACUGGCACCCAGGAUCAUGAACCUGAACUUUCAUCCUGUGCCAGGUUGUCAAAGCUUGGCCGUGAUUGUUGCUUGGUCACUUUGUGCUUUGCAGAUUGGGAGGAGUGACCUCUGGAGCCUGUACCCACCCCACCUUACCCCAGUGGGCUUAGGUUAGCUUUGUGCCUUAGUAUCUCUGACCCACUGCAGGAGCCACCCAUCAUUCCUCAGCUGUCCAUGGGGAUUGUGGCCCUGUGACUGGCUGGCUUAUGCAUGCUUCUGGUCAGAGUCCCAUUGAGGACACACCAUCUUUGAGACUUUCAGGAGCCUGGGGCAAUGGUUCACAGGCCCUGUUUUGUCUUCCUUUGUGGGGUGUCCGAGAAGCCAAGAGCCAUGAUGUAGCUCAGCAGGCUGGGCCCAGUGUCCAGCUGCUGCAUCCGUGGCGACCAAGAUGACCUGAGCCCUGACUGGCAGCACCCGUGUCCUACCUCUCUGUCUUUGCUCUGCCCAUUCCCUGUGAGGCACUAGUCAGUUGCCAACAUCUAAAUGUUCAUCACUCUCAGACCAAAAACACUGUCUUGUGUGUUUAUUUGGAAUGUUGGAGGGGAGGCUAUGGGUGAGGGAAGGGAAGGUGGAUUCAAUUCCUCC